AUGCGAUGGUUGCACCCCAGUGUCUGGUUUGUUUGUUCUCGAUGCUUGAGUCUGGCGAGGCUGCGCCAGGCGUCCCUUUCCGAUGCCAUCGCCUCCUACAUCGCCGCCACUGUCUCGGCGCAGGACGUGAUCUCGCCCAUACAGCCAUACAUCAGGCACCUCCCGGGCCUCACCAAGCAACUACAACUAUGUCUCGACCCGCAGAACAAGGCCGCCGCCAUUUUGGCCUCCCCCGUGCACCUCCUCCACCCGCAGGUGUACCUCUACACCGAGCCGCUAUGCACUGACGCCCACUCACGAGGCGUGCUCCUCCAGCGGUUGCUUUUCCACAGGUGCUACCCCCAGUGCUGGGACUUGUUCGUGCGCGGGAGCUUGAGCGACGUGGAUGAGCUUCUAUCGGCGGUGGCACGGAUGUCCAACCGCUGCGCGGCGGUGGACUUUGCCUUGGCGAUGCCCGACGGUUAUGAAAACCGCUCGUUCGGCGUGCAGGUGUCAAAGGCGGUGGGGUAUACGCUCGGGGUGGACCCGGGGAGGCUCAAACUGGCGUGGCGGGAGUUGCAGCGUGUGGCCACGGCGGAGGAGGUGUUGGCGAGAGCGCCACAAGACCCUCCGUUGCUCGGUCUUAAACGAGCCAUGCAGGUGGCCAGGGACGAUGAGACUGCCGCCGUGUUGGCCCACUUUGAGGAUGUCUUGAGGGCGCCCGGCUGGGUCACCUCGGUUUGUCCCAGCUUUGACCACAGCACCACCUUGCGGGAGUCCCCGGCCCCCGAGCUGUUGCGAGGCGCCCUCGCCUCCGUGCUUCGCCCCCCGGUUGCCCUCGCCGACGUCGAUGUGGUCUACUUGAUGAACGUCGGGGUGGACCCCUUGGCGGUGCUACGCGUGUACCAAAAGUCCCCCGCGUUGGUGAACAAGCUCGUGGAGAGGGUGCUAGAGGGAAGCGACGAGGACGUGCGGGAGGCGUACAUCUUGGCCGCACCUAGGCUAACCCCUGGGGUAGCCUCCAAGUGCCUUUCCAGGGUGGCCCCAGGCUCCUCGAUUGUCCCGUUGCUCAGGGCAGUCCCAGAUAUUAAUGUCGUUGAGGUGUUGGAGGCGUUGGAGCUAGACUCCAAACAGUACAUGGAGCUUAUUAGGCAUUACCACCGCCACCCGCGGGUCUCCCGGUUCUUGAUUACCAACUUCUGCAAGCUGGGGCGGGUGGAGGAGCGCCACCUAGUAUCCCUCGCCUCCACCCCCAAUGCCGCCCGAGGGUUUCUCCUCGAGCUCCACCGGUCGGCGUUGUGCCGGGCGCACCUACUAUCCCCCACGCUCCUCCUCAACAUCGUGAACGCGCUCCUACAGCUGCUAUCACCGGGAGUAUCACUAAAGCAGUCGCUCCGCGCAAUGGCCACCACCCAGAGGUCCCUCUUGCACAACUCCUUUCGCUCGUUUGCCCAGGCGGUGUCGGUGCUAGAACCCAGAAGCCUAGCGCGCGCGCACAACCUCAUCUUCCAAGUCCUCCACUCGCCUCAGUUUUUUCUUGCCGCCGACCCGCAGGCCGCCGCAUAUUUAUACAAGGCCAUUGCCUAUGAUGUGUUUCGGUUCGUGGCGAGGAAAGAGAACAGGUUGGCGGUGUUUGCCGAGAUCCUCCCCCACGUUGAGCCUGCCUACUGGGCGCGGCACUGGCACCUCUACAGCGUCGUCGCCAGCGACGUGGCCGCCGCGGGGAUGCUCUUGCAGCAGCACUGCGGCCGCAAAAUGGAGCUCCGUGGCCAGUUCCCCGCCAUCGUGCGGGCGAUAUUGCACCACCGCGAGUUGCCCAUCGACAAGCGAAUCGCACACUUGGACGCCUUCCUAGCAACGGCGGAGCACCUCGACUACCCGUUCACGCUCAAGGCCAAGUCGUGCCACGAGAUUCUCGCCGAGUUGCAGCGGGGGGGCGGCCAUACCCUGGUGCAGUGGGUGGCGCGCCUCGCCAAGCGGAACCGCCACAUGCGGCGGGCGUUGCAGCAGGUGAGGGAAAGAACCCAGAGGCUGCUAUAA